GCACUGAUGUAGUACGAAAAUGGCAACCAACAGAUCCGUAUUCACCAAAUGGAUAUGUUGUAGCCUUCGAAACACUUGCAAAACGUGAUAAAAAUGUAGCUAUAAAUAACAAGGUAAUUAAAAAAUUUCGACCUUUUUCAUUAUUACAACGAGAGAUAAGUUUUAAAAUAUACACUACAAAAAAAACGAACGUAAAAUAUUGCAAUGAUGAUGGUGUGACCUUGCUUAGUGAAUUGGUGAUGAAAUUGCCAGAAAAUGAAAAUCUUGAAGAUGUAAUCAUAGUAUUUACUUUAGUUUUUGGCGGUGUGGAAAUUAUAGCUACAGCC